AUGCGCCGGCUUUUUGUAAUGAAGUCCCCUGCAGUCGCCAAAACCACAGCCGGUGCUGCCUCCACACAACUGAACACGCACAGCCACAGCCAUAGUCAUAGUCAUGGCAGCAUUGAGAAGAACAUCUCAGGCAAGCUCCUGCGUCAGUGCCAGAUUGCCACCUUGGCGGGUGGAGCCACAAACGUGUUCUUCUGCGUCACGAAACUGUGGAUCGGCUCUGCUGGUGGCUCCGUUGCUCUCCUUGCCGAUGGCUUCCAUUCCCUCACAGACAUUCUCGCUGACAUCAUCUCCUAUGCCGCCAUCUCACUUUCCCGAAAGAGGCUGCCACGGUGCCGGUUUCCGCUAGGCAUCGGUCGCCUCGAAACCUCUGGCGCCGUCAUCGUGGCGGCGAUUCUCUUCUUUGGCGGUGUGGCUCUUCUUAUCCAGUCUCUCGAGCAGUGCUUCUCCGAGUUGGCGACUCUGCUGGGGACAGCGGCGCCGACGCGUGGCAUUGCUGCUGUCUUUGGGAUCAGCUCCCACCGCGCAAUGGCCGAAGCGAGCGGCAAGUCCACGUUGGCAAGCGCCACAGCGGGCCACGACCAUGCGCACGGGUCGCAUAUUUACAGCCACGCUCAAAGCAACGGCGGAGGCGACCACCAAGGCCAUAGUCACUUUCAGGUGAUGCAAUACGACGAGGGCAUCGGAGAGCAGGUGAUCCUGUGGACGAUGGUCGGCAUUGCUGCGGGGUCGGUGGUCUGUAAAGAACUCCUGUUCCAGUGGACACGGCGUGUCGGGCUGCGCGCUGGUUCGCGUGUCGUUUUGGCCAACGCCUACCAUCACCGCGCGGAUGCGUGGAGCGGAGGGGUGGCACUGAUUGGUGUGGCUGGGCAGGUGAUGGGUCUGCCUGGCGUGGACGGAUUUGCCGGCCUUGCCGUGUCGCUGUCCAUCUGCAAAAUGGGUUACGGUAUUUUCAAGGACGCCGUGCUUGAGUUUUUCGACUACCAGAACGCCAAGGAGGUCUGUGUCAUUCGAGAGCAGCUGCAAAAAUUUAACCUCCACAUCGUACGUGGGGUGGAUGUCGUGCCGAACUACAACUCCCAGGAUGCGGCGAAGGCGGCGACCUCCGAAGCGGAAGCGUCGUCGGCCAAUUAUACCCCCACCGCCUUGAGCUCCGAUGAGGAUGACACCGUUCACCGCAGGAAAAUUCACUUCAUUAAUGUGUUUCUCGUGCGCCACGGCCACCAGUACGCCGUGCACGUCACACUGCUCGUCCACGAGAGUGUUUCUGCACAGAAAAUUCAGGAAGCAACAGACCUGAUCACGGCGCUGGCUCGUCGCAGUCUGCCGGUGCAGGACACUUUUACAACUCUACUCCUCUGCAGCAACUACACUGAGUCGCGAGACGUCUCCCUCUGCGGCUGCAAUAAUGACGCUAAAGGAACGGAUGAGGAAGCCGCAGCUGCCACGUUAAGCGGUGCCUCUGCAGGAGACCACCACCAUCACCAUUCACACGCAGGGCCCAGCCACUCGUACUCGCACACACGCGGUGGCGACGAUAACGCUACCUCGGCUCUGCCAAUCGCUGCCACAGGCGCAAUUAUCAAUCCGUCGCUUGAGCGGUGCAUCACGUCCCUGCAGGAGUUCCACACAUUCACGGCACCGAUUCGCUACAGUUGGGAGGAGCGCACCAUCACCGCCCCCUCGUCGGAGUCGUGCGAGUGUGAGCGCGACAUCAGCUCCGUUGCAGAAAUGUUUAAGUGCCGCCUCGUGGGCGGUGGGCUCAUUUCUAGCAGGAAGGCCGCCGAGGAUUUGGCUGAGCGGAGCUGCCACAGCCACUUUCACGGUGCACACCCCGGCCAUUCUCACUAG